AUGAGCAACGCCAGGAAUCUCCCCACUACGUUUACAGAUGAGCGAGAAGAAGUGGACCUGACCAAGUAUCCGACAGCAAAAGCCUUGGUAGAGAGGGCGUCUGAGUUCUUUGCUGAAGUGAAGAACAUGACUCCGGGACAGGACCUCGAAAAGUACCUGAAUGAAAACUACGGACCGGGCAACCCAUACUACGAAGACUUUUGCAAAUACGUCCGACAAGGAAUCAAGAACAAUGAAGGCUGGUGCGCAACGAUCCAGAUAGACGGCGCCCGAUACCGACGGUCGAGGGUCAGCCUUCCCAAGCCUGCCACACAUCACUUCAGCAUCACGACUGUGUUUAUGGACAGCCAAGAGGUGUACAGGGGGGAGUACCACUCGCACCCGUAUGGAGAAAUCAACUGCGUCAUUCAGAUCGACGAGGGGGCCGAGCUCAAGGGGAUGAAGGGAUGGCAAGGCGCUGGCUGGACAAGCCCUGGCGCGGGCACCCACCACUACCCCGAGGUACGAAAGGGCGCAGUGGUUGCUCUAUACUUUUUGCUGGCCGGGAGGAUCAGUUUCGCUGCGAAUGAAAGCAUGCCACAGCCCCUCAUAGUUUAG